AUGAGCAAACGGCAAAAUCCAUCCGAUUUUUUGAAGCAGAUCAUCGGAAAGCCGGUAGUAGUGAAGUUGAACUCUGGCGUUGAUUAUCGAGGAAUCCUCGCAUGCCUGGAUGGGUUCAUGAACAUUGCGCUAGAACAAACCGAGGAAUAUGCGAACGGGCAACUACAGAACAAGCUUGCCUCGAAAAAUUUAAAACAACGAAAUGCAAACUUGGCGUUACUGGCC